ACAACUAAGAAAAAAAGUGCCGGGUUGCGAUGUCGACCAUUAUUGGAACGUCACGGACUCUAAGCACUAAUCGAUCGGACUGGGGAGAGGGGAAGCUGCCGAAGGAUAAGGAACAACGCAGACAUCACCGGCGACCGUCUUUACGGACAGGUUAAGAAAGAAGAAGAGGAAGUUGAAGAUGGCAUCCCAGGAAUUCGUCCCUCCAGAUGGUGGCUGGGGAUGGGCUGUGGUCAUCGGAUCUUUCAUCGCUAUUGGGUUUUCAUACGCAUUUCCUAAAGCCAUCACUGUGUACUUCAAAGAAAUCCAGACGAUCUUUAAUGCCUCCUACAGUGAAAUUGCGUGGAUCUCUUCACUGACACUUGCAGUCAUGUAUGCUGGAGGGCCGAUAAGCAGUAUCCUGGUAAACAAGUAUGGAUCCCGUCCAGUGAUGAUGGGGGGAGGAAUAUUGUGCUCCAUUGGAAUGAUAGCUGCGUCGUUUUGCAAUAAUGUUUUCCCGCUUUUCUUGUGCGUGGGCUGUAUUACAGGUCUUGGAUUGGCUUUCAACCUUCAGCCUGCUUUAACAAUGAUUGGGAAGUAUUUUUACAAGAAACGUCCCAUUGCUAACGGAAUCGCCAUGGCUGGUAGCCCAGUGUUCCUGAGCACAUUCGCACCUCUAAAUCAGUACUUGGUCAAUAUCUUCAGCUGGAGAGGCAGUUUCCUUAUCCUUGGUGGAAUUCUGCUAAACUGCUGUGUAGCUGGAUCCUUAAUGAGACCCCUACAGCCGACAAAGUCCGUUGCUGUGAAAGAUGCUCUAAAGAAGGAUGAUAACAAAGGUGUGGCUGAUGGAGUGUUGCAGGGAAAGAAGGAAAAGCAAAGUGUCUUUGACAUAAUUCAUAAGCAGCUAGAUCUCAGCCUCUUCAAACAUCGGGGAUUUCUAAUCUAUCUCUCCGGCAAUGUCAUAAUGUUUUUUGGCUUUUUUGCCCCUAUUGUAUUUUUGGCUUCUUAUGCCAAACACAUGGGAAUAGAUGAGUAUUCUGCAGCAUUCCUGCUUUCUAUACUAGCUUUUGUAGACAUGUUUGCAAGACCCAGCAUGGGACUGCUUGCAAACUCUAAAUGGAUUAGACCAAAGAUACAGUAUUUUUUCAGUUUUGCUGUCUUCUACAAUGGCUUCUGUCACAUCAUGUGCCCGUUGGCAAGCAACUAUACAGGCCUUGUGAUCUAUGCAAUAUUCUUUGGUUUUGCCUUUGGAAUGGUGAGUGCUGUUCUUUUCGAAACUCUGAUGGACCUGGUUGGUGCCAAGAGGUUCUCUAGUGCAGUGGGACUGGUCACCAUCGUCGAGUGCUGUCCUGUUCUUCUGGGACCACCACUUGGAGGAUGGCUGGUGGAUGUCACACAAGAUUACAGGUACAUGUACUUGGUGUGUGGAAUCAUUGUGAUUGUGGCCAGCAUCUUUCUGUUUAUCGCAAACGCCAUCAACUAUCGUCUGCUGGCAAAAGAGAAGAAGAUGGAGGAAGAAAAAGCAAAAGCAUCUCUGAAUGAUGCAGAACUGAAAGAUGUCCCCGAGAACGUGGCCGGUGAUGAUGAUGAUGAAGAUAUUCACAUCAAUCCCCAGACUCUCUUGGCUAAUUCUGCUGAGAAAGAAACUAAUAUUUAACUGAACUCACUCAUCUGUUGUUACCUUUCUCUGAGUGUUCACUUGAAAUUGAGUGUUAGAGUAUAUGUCAGUCUCUAGGUAGAUAUCCAGGGCUCUAAUAGGAGUCAGUAUGUUCAGCUGUAAAUUAUUUACUAAACCUUGGGAUAUACAGAAUGACCCUUUCGAGUCCCGAGUGUUACUCUAAACUUGUGGUCAUAGAUGUUUCUGCAGUUUUUGAUGAACUGUUAUUGCGAUAUGCCAUGGUACAGCAGGGUAUUGAAAUGUUCAAGAAGGUUGAUAUGCAAGAGGAGAAAUUCUCCAAAAUUUUUUCAUCCAGGUAGUCACCAACUUUCACUGCAGACAUUUUAGAUCCACACCAAUAUUUCCAUGUUCGUCACCAGGGUAGCGUAGUGGUUAUUGUGACGCUAGCUAUUACAGCUCGGGUGUUGGAGUUCAGAGUUCAGUUCCAGCGCCACUCUGUAAGGAGUCUCUGAACAUCCUCCUCAUGGAAUCUGGGGGUUUUUCCUGGGUGCUCUGGCUUCCUCCCACACUCCAAAGACAUACCGGAUAAGUUAAUUGGUCCUAUGAUUAGGUCAGGGUUAAAUCGGUGCUGUUGGGAGUUGCUCGGGCAAAAGGCCAGAAUGGCCUACUCCGUGCUGUAUCUAUAAAUAAAAAUAAAUUAUUGUUGCAGACAGGAAAUGUGAAUAAUAUGUCAGCAAAAAGCAAUUUGCAGCCAGUUGUUCAUUCCUGACUAAGCACAACUUGAUGCUACUAUGCACUAAUAACUUUUUUUAUAAACAAUUUAAGGUAUCUGUGCUAGGAACUGCAUAAAUUAACAUAAGAGCAGACUGCAAGCUGCAUAUAAAAGUGGCAGCAGUAUAUGCUAAGCACAGAAGAGGGCAUUAGACUAAGAAUAAUCAAAGAUUAACUGACAUUCUUCCUCAUGAAGACAUGACCCUUCCUAAUCAAGUCUCUACAGACUCAACUACAGCCUUUCAUUAAGUUUGACUUUCAGAAAAAUAAGCAUAAUGAAGAGCGAAAGGCCUCACCUGCACUAGUCUCUUGUUCUUAGAUUAAAUACAUCAAACUCUGGUAAACAAUCCAAAUUGAGCUCUGCCACUCAAAAAAGAUUUUAACUAGAUGGAAGAGAGAGCUUGUGGGACAUUGGCUCUUAAGCCUAGAUUUUCUAAUCAAUGUUGAUUUAGCAAUGGCAGUGACCUAUUUAUUUUUAAAAUAAUGUCAAUGGGAAAAUCUAAGCUUGAGUAUUCAUCUGCAAAUGAAAUCAACAUUGAAUUAACCUUAGUUUUUGAAGUUCCUCGGUGAUGAAUUGGGCAAGGACCACCUGUGUUGGUCAGCCAUAGGAUCUGUCACUUCAUGCUAUAACAGCAACAGACUGGAACAUUUUGAUAAUCAUCUGUGGGACAGUUUGCUAUGUUAAAGAAUGCCACAUAUUUGGCAAGUACACUCAAAAGCUACCACAGGAUUUGUAUUAAAUACAGGUAAGCACAUCGGUGCUCUCUUUAGAUUGGUACUGAGAUAUAUUUUAAACUAUAGUUACUUUUGCCAAUUCUGAUCGGAGGCUGCUAACCAGAGAUACUGGGUGCCUAUUAGUUGAAUAAUUCCAUUACCUUUUACCAAAGUCUCUUGCCUUCACCAAAUAUGUCUCACAGGUAAACUGAGUCUUUUUAUCAAAGUUGUUUAUAUUGUAAUUCAAUUAAAUUAAUAUCAAGUAUAUUAGUUUUGGAACUAACCAAGGGUUAUAGUUUGUAUUUAAAUUUUAUACUCUGGUAUUUUCAAGAUGCAGGACAAAAUUUAGCAAAUCUUUUAACCAAUAGCAAUUUUUUUGUGGAAUAACAUUUGCACUCUGAGCAAAUAAAUUGUGAGUGAGUUAAUUGGAAACCUUCGUUGCAGAGUAAUUUCAAUUCAUCAGAAGUGAGAAGCUGCAACAGGACAACUUGGUGGAGUCGUCUCUUCAACUUCCAUGUGGGAAAGUAUUUGCACUUUCUCAACAGCAAUAAAACUGGGAGCGGCCUCCCAAGGCUUGAAGACCAUGGCUGCAGUACUGUUAUUAAUCUUAUGCGCUGGUAAACGAUCGCAGUAUGAUAAUGGCCACCAUUAACCUGGGGCACUUACCAAAUUUAAUUUUCCUUGCUUCAACUCGAGGGUGCUAGAAAUGCUUGCAGAAUUUGGAAUUGCAUCUGACUGAGAUCGAACACCUUUGGUUUCUGCUGCUAUAGGAGACACGCUGUGACUUAACAGUUGAGAGUCUAGGCUGAUACUGAAGGGAUUAGGUGGAAGAUUAGUCACCAUCUUACCCUUGCCCCACCCAAUAUUACUUCCAAUUAGGGAGGAGGCAUAUAAAAAUAUUGCAUCUGAUCCUAGCAUUUAGGCUAAAAAAUGUGUCUAAAACCCUGUAAAAUAGAGAUAUACUGUUCCAAACAAGUAUCAAAGUAAAAGAAAUAACAGUUUAAGCUGUAAGGAAGGAAUUUUAAAGGGGGUCUGAGGGGUAAGUUUUAGUUAUACAGAGGGUGACUAAUAUCAGGAGCACGCUGCCAGAGGAGGUCAUGGAAAUACAUAAUUACUACAUUUAAGAUGCAUUUAGACAGAUACUGAGACAGACAACAUAUGGAGUGAUCUGCUCCUACAGGCAACGUAUAGAAUGAUGUUGUCCUAGAGUGGGCAAAUGGAAUUAGUAAAAAGGUCAACAUGGAUGAAGUGAUUACAUGAAGGGCCAUUAGUGUACUGAAAUCCAUGAAUUAUUAACUCUAAUCACAAAAAGUUUUUCAAAUUCAAGAACUUUGUACAUAUUUGAAGGUAAUAUAAAAUAGAGAAAAUUAAUAUACUAAUCAUUAUCUAACAAGUAUUAUUAAAAUUCUUGGAGAUUUGAUAUUAUACUCUUACAUAGUAAUCAAAAGGUUUGGAGAUGUUCAUUCAAAUCCUUUCAUAGCUGCUGGGGACUUUAUAUUGUUAAUUAUGUCACCUGUCAUAAAAAGCCAAUACCAAUAAUGGUGAAACUAUUGAAUUAUCAUAAAAAUCUAAUUAGCUUGCUAAUAUCAAAUCUGAUAUGCAUAUCCAUCCUGGUUGAUAUGUGACUCCAAACCCAGCUUGGUCGUUAACCUCCAUCUGAAAUGGCCGAUAAAGGUUACUGGAGAAUCAAUUGCAAGCCAUUCAGUUGGACUGGGAGGUGACAAACUUCACUCCAGCAGUUCAAAAAUGUUAAUACAACCUUGUUAAGAGCACACUGAAACAAGCAAUAAAUGAUAACUUUGCCAACAAUAUUCACAUCCCAUAGUAACUGGGGAUAAAUGCCUGGAAGCUCAUUCCUUGUUGAUCACGCUAAACCCCUCAUGUAGUUUUACUUGUUAAUUGUGGUCUGCCUUGAAAUUCAUUCCAUUAACAUUGGUGUAAUAGUACAAAGCCCUGAUCUGAUACAUUUAGAACUAUUGAACAGGAAUGAAGUUCUACAUUAGUGUUCCUUAUAGAAAUAUGUGGCCUCUUACGCUUAUAUUGUACUCACUUAGUACCCUUUGGUUAGAGAAAGAAAUUCUUAAUGAUUGGAAAGCCUUUCACUUAAAAACAUACUAGCACAUGGGAAGAACAGAAUAUGGUCUCUAUUUUUCAGUAAAUUUCAGUAGGAAACUAGGGGAAAUGUUUUAAUCUUUGGUGGAGUCUGUAACGCAGACUGGGAGAUCGUUUUGCUGAACACCUACGCUCUGUCCGCCAGAGAAAGCAGGAUCUCCCAGUGGCCACACAUUUUAAUUCCACGUCCCAUUCCCAUUCUGAUAUGUCUAUCCACAACUUCCUCUACUGUAAAGAUGAAGCCACACUCAGGUUGGAGGAACAACACCUUAUAUUCCGUCUGGGUAACCUCCAACCUGAUGGCAUGAACAUCGACUUCUCUAACUUCCGCUAAUGCCCCACCUCCCCCUCGUACCCCAUCCGUUAUUUAUUUUUAUACACACAUUCUUUCUCUCACUCUCCUUUUUCUCCCUCUGUCCCUCUGAAUAUACCUCUUGCCCUUCCUCUGGGUACCCCCCCCUUGUCUUUCUCCCCGGACCUCCUGUCCCAUGAUCCUCUCAUAUCCCCUUGGCCAAUCACCUGUCCAGCUCUUGGCUCCAUCUCCUCCUCCUGUCUUCUCCUAUAAUUUUGGAUCUCCCCCUCCCCUCCCACUUUCAAAUCUCUUACUAACUCUUCGUUCAGUUAGUCCUGACGAAGGGUCUCGGCCUGAAACGUCGACUGCACCUCUUCCUAGAGAUGCUGCCUGGCCUGCUGCGUUCACCAGCAGUUUUGAUGUGUGUUGCUUGAAAUGUUUUAAUCUUUGGUGGAGUUUCCCUGCAAUCUAGGGAAAUCAUGUUGUGAACAGAGGAAUGGAAAAGAUUGGACAAAACCGAUGGGCCAUUUUGGCAGUACUUAUAGUUUGCAAAAGCUCCACUACUCGGUAUCUUGCAAACUGGAAUUUCUUUCCAGCAUGAGGUUACAACGUAUCAAAGGGUUCAUUUCUUAUCUUUCAUUGCACUUGCUUUUGAAUUCACAAAAAUCAACGACUGGUUAAAUCUUCCUGUAAUGAGCAGUAAUUGAAGAAUGAAAGCAGGUAAAGUUAAUCUUUGGACUGCUAGUGCUAAAGAGAUGAGGGAGAACUGAGCUUCAGUAGGUAUCCCCACCCACCCCCGUAUGGGUAUUCCUACCAAACACCGGGAAGCAAGUACAUUAGCAAUCGAUGCUCCAGCAUACAAUAGAAGCUGAGACAGUUUUUCCCAAAUUUCUUUGAGUGUUUUAGGAUUAUUUGCUUUAAAUUUGUAUAUUUUUUUCUGACAGACUUCUAAAACUGUUUGAAAAUAUGAUUUCAUUCUUAAAAUUUUUGAUUCUGGUGAGUUAAUUAUAGCAGCUCUGUAUGCCUAAGUAAAUCUUCCCAGUUUCAGUAGGUGUAAAUAUUAUUGGCUUAAGAAACGUUCAGCAUCAAUGGACCAAUGCAUUACCCUUCAAUUACAGAGUCAUAUAUAAACUUACAGUUCAAUAAGCCACACCAAUGGUAUGGACCUCUGUUACUGUUGGGUAGUUAGUACUUGCUUUGAAGAAACACCAUUUCCCGGUAAGGCUUCAUUUUGGAAUUAAAGAGAAUGAAAAAUGAGUUUACUGUAAGCAAGGCCAAAGCUGAGCUGCUGACUAAUGAGUGACAUUUCAUCUACCAGUUGAAACUGAGAGGAGGCAGGUACAAUGUUGUGAUGUAAGUUAUGUGUGAAUUCUUUAAGACUUACACAGUGAUGAUGCUAAAUACUGAGAUGACUAUGUAAUGUGUGCAAUAGCUGCUCCAAAACUUUCAAUUAAAAACAAUGUUUUUAA